AUAAAGAGACUCAGCUGAGGAAUAAUACCGAACCACACUGUGGGGAACAUUCCAGAGGAAAAGGAAUUUAAGAAUGAAGGGGUUUUCUGUUUUGUUUCUGCUGGUGGCACCAGGCUGCUUGCUGUCAGUCUCUUUGGGAGACAACCAGGACCAGAAAGCAUGCUGCUUAUCUGACACUGGUUGCCUGAUGAAAGAACUGAUAUCUAUUGGAGAGAAACUAGGAACCAUGUUGGAGAAACAGGGAACUAUGGCGGAUAACCUGAGACUCAUGGAGACCAGGUUACAAACCAGCGAGAAGGAAGUGGAGGAGCUGAAGAGAUUAACUGGAGGCCAGCCUAAAGUGGCCUUCUCUGCUGCCCUCCGAGAGUCAGGCUCUGGGGACACUGGACCUUUCACCACCGACACUCCUCUUCAGUACAAGAAGGUCUUCUCAAACACCGGCAACUGUUACAACCCAGCCACAGGAGUCUUCACAGCCCAGGUGAAAGGAAUGUACUAUUUCCGUUUCACCCUGAGGAACAACUUGCAUUCUACUCCUAAUUCUGUGGCGUGGCUGUCCAAGAACAGCCAGAGGCUGGUGUCAGUCUGGGACGCAAACGGGUCUGAUUCCAAUGACCACGGCAGCAAUGCAGUGGUCAUUCCUCUGGAGGUGGGAGAUAAUGUCUAUGUUGUGUUGCAGGCUAAAAGGCUGAUCUAUGAUGACACCAUGAACUACAACACAUUCAGUGGCUUCCUGCUUUUCACAAUGUAAAUAUGAAAUGCAUGUUAGCAGAUACAACAAGUAACAGGUUAAAUUAAUUUAUUUCUAGACAAACAAUUUACAUAUUUUAUAAAUUAUUUAUUGUCAUACUCAUUUGACAAGGUUUCUGUUCCACCACAAACCAAAUAAAAUUUCAAAAUAACAUGCAGUCAUCAGGUGGAUAUGAAGAUAAAUGUAAAAAUAUAGAAAAAUAAACUUUGGUCCUGGAGCUAA